AUGAUCGCCAGCUCAUCUGCCCGCCUUGGCGGCGCUCGUCCCGGUAAUCCCGUCCCAAGGAGACGUGCUACAUCCUAUGAGACGAUCCUCUUUGGGUAUGCGGGGAACAUGGAUGAAUACGUUGCAUUCCUUCGGACCGCGCCUUGUCUCCAAGUAGGGCAUUUAUGCAUGGGACUGCUGAUUGAACAGCAUAUGCAUGCAUCUCGCUCAUAUGGAAUGUUCACCGAAGUGCCUGACCAUCGACUCGGACGUACUGCAACCAACGAUACGUCCGUGAUCUGUCACUCGUCAACCGCAGGGAAGGAGGCUACGAGAGUCACUCUCCAGUUCUGGACCCCAACCGUCAGCUCUUUCGAAAACGGGCGAGAUACUCGCGGUGCUCUAGCGGAGUAUGUCGCAGUAGAGAACCUAUCGCAUGCUGUGUGUGGCAUCUACCUAUGGGAGUGGGCGAGGAGUUUCAGCUAUGAACUCGACUUCUAUACCGGAAAACGCAAGUGGAAACAUACACUAUGGCUAUAUCUGAUCUGUCGGUACACCGUCCUUGGCACUAUUGUCAACAUUUUAGUCGUACUCAAUGUCCCGGCAUCGCUCAAUUGUCUGGUCUGGGUCAAAUUCGAGAUACUACUCCCAUACGCAGGGCUACUCAUGGCAUCUUCUCUCAUCAUCAUCCGUGUGAUCGCAAUCUGGAACCGUCACCCUAUAGUAAUCGCCCUAUCGGCUGCGGCCUUACUCGCGCAAGUUGCAUUGCUCAUAUAUAGUGUCACUAUCGCAACGGAUACCUGGCAAUCCGGUUCUCCCUUAGCUCAAGGCUGCGUUAAGGUUAAUCUCGUACGGGCAAGCUUACCAGCACUCGCUACAACAUUCGCCAUCGAUGCUUCGCUUUUGCUGGUCAUGCUCGUCGGGUUAUUGCGAAGAAGAGAAGCGUGCCGGUUCGGGUUAGGGGGGUUCUUGUUGAAGCAAGGUCUCAUAUGGCUUGCUUUGGCGACGACCGCCGAGUUGCCGACUGUGAUAGUCCUCAGUCUCAAUGUGAAUGAUGCGCUGCAUCAGCUCUUUAUAACUCCAGAAGUGAUCAUCUUGGCUAUCGCAGCGACGAACAUGUAUCGUGCCCUCACAGAUUUCUCCUUCGCUGACAGGAUGAGCCUACCUUCCUCGCAAAGACCUAUCAAGCUUUCGACACUGGCUCGUAACACCUCUCGCAAGUGGGCAGUGAAUGAUCCAGCUUCACCAAUGCAAUCGCGACCAGUGGAGAUAGAAGUUAGUGGUGGUGCAUGA